GGUCACGUAGUCACGUGGUGUGUUCACAGCAUUGGAUUGCCGGGGAUGUCUUCAUAGCGUCUGCUGCGGUUCAUCGUUGAAAGGGAGUGUAACCCCAGGUCAAGUUGAUUUACACCCCUAAGAGCACUAAAAGUGUUUCGUGUGUUCACGACUAACCCUCACACACAGGGUCCGGUUGCGGCGACUCGCCAAGGUCCGAGGGAUCGAGAGACUCGUGAGCGGCGCCAAGUUCUCCGCCAGCGGCAGGUUCGUGGGCUUCAACACCCCGACGGCCCUUCAUCACCACGCCGAGUUGAGCCUUCGAGAACUGCAACGCUUCCUGACUGCCCACCUGCGCACGGCCAUCGUCCGGGCACCCAAUGCACUCGCCGUCCGCCUGGCCGCCAUUUCGGCUGAGGCGCGGGAACACGUCCAGCUUCUCGCCGGAAAUCUCAAGAUGUUGGCGCACGAGACGGGCCUGACGAAGCGAAAACGCGCUUCGCUCUUCAAGCUCAAGCAGCACGUUCGCAGAAGCAUAGAGAAGAACCAGAACGAGAGGAACUGCUCCCAAGUGCUCACGUGCCGCCUCUCGAACCGGUACGGGUUCUCGUCGGCGAUCCACGACGUUCUGUGGUGCCUGGUGAGGGGUCUUCAGCUCGGGCGACCGGUGGUCGUCGAUUCGGAGCCCUGGCACUACGCGCCUUCUGGGUGGAGCUCAGUGUUUCUGCCGCUCAGCUUCGCGUGCCCGGAGAAGCCCGACCCGGAGUCCAGGUGGCCAGGAGAAAACAUGUCCAGGGCCCGCAGUGCGAUCCUCGAGCUUCCCCCCGUGCUGGCAGAGCACCUGGUGCUUCUGCACGGGGACCCGUACGCCUGGUGGUUCGGCCAGCUGAUGGCCUACAUCAUGCGGCCGUCCAAGGAGCUCUUCGACCUCGUCGGUGACGCCAAGAGGAGCCUCAAGUUCCGUUCGCCCAUCGUGGGGCUGCACAUCCGUCGCACGGACAAGGAGGCCGAGGCGUCCUUCCACCAGGUGGAGGAGUACAUGGAGCACGUGGAAGACUUCUUCGCCUCGAUGGGACCCGUGCCCCGGAGGGUGCUGGUGGCCACCGACGAACCAAACGUCUUCGCCGAACUCCGCUACAAGUUCCCCAACUACGUGUUCCUGGGCGACAAGGCAGCCUCGGAGACGGCAAGGAACCCCGACACCAGGUACAAUCCGGACGCCCUGAAGGCACUCCUCAAGGACGUGUCCCUGCUGUCCGAGUGCGACCUGGUCAUCUGUACCCUCUCGUCCGGUGUAUGCCGCGUCGUCUACGAGCUGAUGCAAGCCCGCCGCACAGACGCCAGCAUGCAGGUCAUCUCGCUGGAUGUGGACUACUUCUACGCUUUCGUGCAGUUCCCGCCCAGACGGGUGCUGUACGAGCACAGGGCCCUCAACCACAAGGAGCUCUGGCUACGAUCCGGAGACAUCGUGGAGCGACUCGGAGAUCAUUCGGUCAUCGGAGAAGCGAGGCGGAAGAAGAUGUGGGACGGCUAUUCGAUCGGAACGUUACCGGGCACCAUUCUCACCGGGCUUUAUCCGCUGUACAAGACCGUUCCGCAGGUGCGCGUUACGAAGAACAGUACUGGCUGGGGCAAUUAAUAGCCGGUGUUUCAACAUACUUGGAUGCGUAACAACGUGUGAACUUUAUUAACCUGGCUUUUAGUA